AUGUCCUUCCCCCAGCUGGGUUACCCGCAGUAUCUCAGCGCCAGCCAGGCGGUGUACGGGAGCGAUCGGCCCGGGGUGCUGGCUGCCGCCGCCGCCGCCGCCGCCGCCGCUGCUGCCUCAGGCCGGCCUGGGGGCGCGGAGCUGGGGAGCGGCUCGGCUGCUGUCACUUCGGUGCUGGGCAUGUACGCGAGUCCCUACAGCGCCCCCAACUACAGCGCCUUCCUGCCCUACACCGCCGACCUCAGCCUCUUCUCCCAGAUGGGCUCCCAGUAUGAAUUGAAGGAUAAUCCAGGUGUCCACCCUGCUACCUUUGCUGCCCACACUGCCCCUGGCUAUUACCCCUAUGGACAGUUCCAAUAUGGGGACCCAGGGCGGCCCAAGAAUGCCACCAGGGAGAGCACUAGCACCCUGAAGGCCUGGCUGAAUGAGCACAGGAAGAACCCCUACCCCACCAAGGGCGAGAAGAUCAUGCUGGCCAUCAUCACCAAGAUGACCCUCACCCAGGUCUCCACCUGGUUCGCCAACGCCAGAAGGAGACUCAAGAAGGAGAACAAAGUAACUUGGGGAGCAAGGAGUAAGGACCAAGAAGAUGGUAACCUCUUUGGGAGUGACAACGAGGGAGACCCCGAAAAGAACGAAGACGACGAAGAAAUCGACCUGGAAAGCAUAGACAUUGAUAAAAUCGAUGAGAAUGAUGGGGAGCAGAGUAAUGAAGAAGAGGAGGAGAAAUCUGAGCUCCUGCGACAAAGCAGCGAAGAUGAACAUUUGGAAAAAGAAAAGGGUUUGUCAUUGUCAGCGUCUGAAGGUCUUAAACCCAAAGACUCUUUCUCCCUGGUAAAGGAGGCCUCUGACAACAGUACACGAAUCAUAAACCCCAAUGGACAGAAUAAUUUACAGGUGCCACCUCACAGCAAACCCAAGAUUUGGUCUUUGGCAGAGACAGCAACCAGCCCUGAUGGCGCCCUGAAGUCUUCCCCUCCUCCCCCUUCUCAUUCCCAGGUUAACCACACAUCCACCCAGAUUCAGCAUCCGGCUUUCCUCCCUAGCCAUGGACUCUACACAUGCCAGAUUGGCAAAUUUCACAACUGGACAAAUGGUGCUUUCCUCACUCAGAGUUCCCUGUUAAAUGUGAGGUCUUUUUUGGGAGUAAACCACCAUCAUGCGGCUCAUCAUAACCACCAUAUCCAGGCCCAGCAACAGCCUUCUGUGUUAACAGCAACCCUGGGAGCCCUAAGCAGUGAAAAACCUACAGAGAGGACCAGUCCUAAACACAUAGAAAGAGAAAAUGCACCAAGGACUGAAACCCCACCCCAGCAGUUAAAAUCGCCUUUCCAGCCUGUGCGUGACAACUCUUUGGCUCAGCAAGAGGGAACACCGCGAAUUUUAACAGCUCUCCCUUCUGCUUGAUUAAAUGGGUUGGUGAAAAAAAUAUUUCAGAGACUGGUAUAAAGGACAAAAAAAAUUGAAACGAUAUAAACGACUCCCAUCAAUCUCUCUUUGCAAUAAGGUGGUGCAAAUCCAUAAAAGUGAUCACACAAAUCUGUAGAUGGAUCCCCCUUUUCCAUUGUACCAUUUCAGAUCGUGUUACUCUAACCAUUCUUGAAUUAUUUGUUUGGUAAAUGUUUCCCAUGUGUUUGUGUUUUUUCUGUAUAUAGAGUGAUUUCAGAUUGUAUA